AUGGCUCCUUCUAUUCUCUCUCAAGACUCUCUUUCUCUUAUUGCUUACUUUUUAGAUUUGAAAAGUCUCGUUCCAUUUCGAUUGGUGUGUUCCGAAUGGAAUUUUUGUCUGUCGGAACGAUUUGAUGAAAACAUUAAAAUCAUGGAAAAUCCAAUUCGUAAUCAUGAUGAAUUUAAUUUUUUGAAAUUUGAAUUUUGGAUGGGCAAGUGGAAAUAUUGGCUGGAUCAUUAUCAUUCAGAGCUUUUAAAGUUUAGUAGGAAAUCCAAAGUAUUAUGCCCUUUUAUACGUAUGGAACUAGAACAUGUGAACAAACAAAUUCGACAUUUGGAAAACAAAAUCUCAAAACGUAGAAUGGAAUGGAAGCAAAACAAAGUAUUGGAUCAUCAUCAGCACGGGUUCAAAGUCAUACACGUGAACACUUUGAUUCAAAAUUUUAAGAAAAGAACUCGAUACCUCUUCAAUCAAAGGGUGUUGAAAGAUACAGUGCUGCUUCAAGAAUUUGUGGACGCUCUUAAUGAUGAAAAAGAUGUGCGCCUCGAAAAUAUCAAGAUGAUGAUUCGAAUUUGUGAUUUAACAAUUUCCAAGCAAGGUGUGAACAAGUUGUUGUAUCUUGUCAAGAGUGAGAAAAUUCCAACCGAUAAAUAUUUGGCCUUGUUUAGAAAUUGUUGGAGCCAAGAUGAAUGUGAACAAAUAUUGAGACAAGUCAUGAAACAUGUGUGUCAUUUGAAUUUUGAAUUAUUUGAAAGAAUCAUGGAAGUAACAAAUCCUUUGAAAAUUACUGGACUUGAUGAAACUGAAUUGACAAGUGCCAUCUUUCAUCUCUACAAACAAGUCAUUCUUACUGAAGAUGCUAAAAAUAUUGAAAAGUUGACAUUGAUUUUGAAAGAAAGAGUUUAUGGUCUGUCAGACUCUCUGGAACCACUACAUUCAGCAAACUUUGAAGCUUUUUUGAAAUCAUUUAGAGAUACCAAAUAUACAUUUGACACAUUUUGGAAUAAGCAUCAAAUGAUUGUCGAGUUGUGUCAAUAUUUCAAUGUAACCAUUCCUGAGAGUGUGGCUCAUCAUGAAUUAUUGUUACAUAGUUCAUGCUUUCAUCCAAUAACAAUUCCAGGAGUAGAAGCUAUUAAUGAUAAUGCUGAAGAGGAAUCUUUUGAAAUUCAUUGCGAGACAACAUCUCCACGUGGAAAAGAUACCAAUCAUGAUGGUGAAGAAGAAGAAUCAGACGAGUCUCAAUCAUCAUCAUCCUUUACUAUUAUUGAUUAUAUUAUUCAAAACACCUAUGCCAAAAAUCAAGACAAAAUCAAUAAUCUUGUUCACACAGAGUUUUCGAGAUUGGCCAAACGUAUCGUGUUUCGAAGAACGAGGUUCUAUCGAAACUUGUGGCUGAAAAGAAGAAUCAAUUCCGGAAAACUUAGCAUACUUCCAUUUCAUGCCUUCUAUGAAGUGCUGGAACAUUUGUUAUUGACCUAUAACGUUAAUUUGUUUGGAAGGUCUCGGUCUAGGUCUCUUCACAAUUUGAUCAUGACAUUGAUCCAUCACAUGCCAAAAAGUGUCGAUUGGAGUAGGAUCAUUGAAAUGAUGCAAAAUCAAAUGGAACGAAAUAAUGGAAACGACAUGUUUGAAUACUUUGAUGAGAAUGAUACUACUGUGUUAAAUAUCAAAUAUUUGGAAUUGUAUGAAGAAGGAUUUUCCAAUCAAGCAGUGAAUAGUUUCAUGACGUCCAAGUACUGA